CCUACGUGUUAAUAGAAGGGAAUAGCCGGAAGUGAGAAUAAAUUUAGGAUGCGAUUUUUCGUAUGGAGUUGUGAUCUUUAACUAAAAUACAUGACCUAGUAUAUGAAUUUAACGUUUACUUGCCGUCCACGACACUUUAAAAACGGGAAUUUAAUUAUAAGGAAAAAGUAGUUCUUCUCAAGAGACAGCUGAGAUUGAAAAUGUUUUAGUGAAAAUCGGAAUUUAAGCAGGAAUAUCGCUCAUGAUUUGUGAAGUGACUACAUGUGUUAUGAAAAGUGUUACAAAUUAGCUCAAUGUGCUAAACUGGCAUCAUAUGUAUUUUUGAUAAAUAGUAUGUAACAUGUGAAAUAUUCACUGAGACUAAGUUAAACAUGGACAAUGAAGUGUGUUUUGCAAGCACACUUCAUCACUUCCAGUAUCUGAAGUUUUGGAGUUUAGCACAUCAAAGGUGAUAUGCAGAAAAAAGAUCAAGACAAAGUGGACGACAAUUCAAGACGUAAAUCAUCAGGAAGAUCAAGUAUGCAUGCAUCAGGACGUCCUUCAGGCUCGGGUAGCUCGGGCGUGUUGAUGGUUGGACCAAAUUUUAGGGUGGGGAAAAAGAUUGGAUGCGGAAAUUUCGGCGAAAUCCGAUUAGGGAAGAAUUUGUACAACAAUGAACAUGUUGCUGUCAAAUUGGAACCAAUGAAGUCUAGAGCCCCACAACUCCAUUUAGAAUACAGAUUUUAUAGGCAAUUAGGGCAAGCAGAGGGUAUACCAAACGUGUACUACUUUGGCCCAUGUGGGAAGUACAACGCCCUUGUGCUGGAGCUACUGGGGCCGAGCCUUGAGGACCUGUUUGACCUCUGUGACAGGAAGUUCUCCCUGAAAACGGUCCUCAUGCUGGCAGUUCAAAUGUUACAUCGAAUGGAGUACAUUCACUCAAAGCAUCUCAUAUACCGUGACGUGAAGCCGGAGAACUUCAUCAUCGGGCGAACGUCAAACAGGAAGCAGCAUAUCAUCCAUGUGAUAGACUUUGGCCUCGCCAAGGAGUAUAUCGACCCAGAAACACACAAACACAUACCAUACCGGGAACACAAAAGUCUCACGGGCACUGCCCGAUAUAUGAGCAUCAACACACAUCUAGGGAAAGAACAAAGUCGCAGGGAUGAUCUGGAGGCCCUGGGUCACAUGUUCAUGUACUUCCUGCGUGGUAGUCUGCCCUGGCAGGGCCUCAAGGCGGACACACUCAAGGAACGCUACCAGAAGAUUGGGGACACCAAGCGAGCCACUCCAAUAGAGGUGCUCUGUGAAAACUUUCCAGAUGAAUUGUCCAAGUACCUGCAAUAUGUUCGUCGGCUGGACUUCUUUGAGACGCCAGAUUAUGACUAUCUGAGGAAACUUUUUACUGACCUCAUGGAAAAGAUGAACCUGGAGUGCGACUGGGAGUUUGACUGGGUCGGACGUCAGCCAACGCCGAUUUCGUCCCGAGACCAGGACAGCACUACAUCUCCCAGUCGACCUCCUGAUAGGGACCCGCGGGCAAACCACAAGGGUGGCUCGAAUCAGCGCGAGUUAGCGUGGUGUGAACCCACGCGUGGUGGCCACAGUGCUUAUCUUGGCUCAAACCUUGCCGCUGAUAGGCAUGGUGGGUCAGUGCAGGCAUUUUUAAGAAGAAAGAGCGUGGUCAGUUCACACAAUGGAGAGCUGGCACCAGAUGACCCAACUGCAGGGGCCUCAAACACUCCAAUCACUCAGCCCCCAGCAGUGGAGAUAGUGGACGAAACCAAAUGUUGCUGUUUCCGACGGACCGUGAAGCGGCCACGACACAAGGACAAGCGGCGGAAAUGACGGCUUGGGUUUGGCCACAGUCUGGAUACUGCACCACUACAGCUCACGCCGGAGGAUGAAUCCUCACCUGCCGUGUUUGGCACUCAGCUUUCCAACUUUGCAUUCGCAAAUCAGACCUUCUUAUAACUCUGGCUUAGAUCUAAUGUCUAUUGAGUCAUCUAAUUACUUCAUCAUUUUUUAUGCUUUUUUUAUCCUAUUAUUUUUGUCUGGUAAUAUUGGUUAAAUAUAAUGUACAAAAGCUUUACUAUCUUUUUUAAAAUAAAUGGUGUUUUUGUUUUUUGAGCUAACUUCAUUCACUGUUAGUUUUGGGCUUUGCUCUAUAUAGAAUUUUAAGUGAGCUUACCAUGACAAAAUAUAAAUUUAGAUUAUACAUUUAUCUAGAAGUAAAAUUGUUUUAAGUUCCCUGAUAUUGUGAUGAAUAUUCAGAAAACAAACCCUAAGCUAAUUUAACAACUUUACCUUAGUAGUUAUGUUUGGUCAAUUAAAAGUGUAUCAGCAGAGAUGUUGCAAUGAGAUAAAUUUCACACUAAUGUGCUGAAAGAAACACAGGGUGAAAAAAAGACACCUUUAUGUGUUGUUAUUUUCUAUGUGCUUUAUAUUGCUUUGAUCAGGUUUAUCCUGUUUAGAUUUCCAUUUAAUUUCCAUUCAUAAAAAAAAACAAAUUUUAAUUUAUAGACUUGAGUUGCGUAAACAAUCAAGAAAAGCUUCAUUUAGGUAUUGGCCUAUGCAAUAUAAGGCAAUGCAUGCAAUAGGUUCAAUGAUGGAGUGAUUUGUUCAUUAUAAAUUAUAAAAAAAUAUUGGAUGAGCAAUUAUCCAAUUUGUUAACACAAUUCUAGCUGAUACUUAUGUGUAUGUCACAAAUGCAAAUGUGAUAGCUGUUGAAAAUCACUUGCAAGGAUCCAUGGUUUUAGUAUCCAGACUAUGGACAAACAUUGGUAACAUUGUUGUUCACUUAUGAAUACAUGCAAUCACAAAUUGUGCACAGUGUAUUGUAGAUUAGUCAAACUUCUGUCUGACUUUACACACUGCAAGUUUGUUGCUGUGUCACUUACCUGUGUGUUGUUUGGUCACAUUUUUGGCGGAAAUGCUGCCCCAUUUUCAAUCUCAAAAAGUAUAUAAAAAAUAUUUUUCUGAAAUGAAUGUCCAAAAUUCUCGAUAGAAGUUAUUUUUUUUUCUUUUUAAAUAUAAAUUGCAACAUUCAGUUCCUGACCCCAUCCGGCAUUGUAAUUGAAACCUUACCAAAUAUGAUGUAACACAAACUUAUUCACAGUCUUAAAGUAUUUUCCAGCAAAAAGCACAAACAAUCAUUUUUUCCCAGUCCAAAGGGUCCAGGUCCAUUCCCAAUAUGGUGGAAAAAACACAGCUAGAAUUGUAAAUUUGCAUAGUGUGUUUCUACAUUUAUUAGUCCAAUGUACAGAUAAGUGACAGUAACUUGUUCAUGUUAUGUGAUGUUCUUUUUCUGCCAUACUAACGUAUGUUUUCAUUGUAUUGCUCUUUAAAAUGGUCACAUUUGUACACAUGUAUUCCUGUAAAAAAGUAAGUUAUUAGUUAUCUCUGAAAAAUAAAAAAACAAAUCCAGACAUUGUGAUUAUCAUAAUUGUCAGGAUGAUUAGAGAUGCACCAAUUUCUAUUAUUAUCUUAUUUAUUAACCGGUAAUAUUACUGCAUAUUUGAACCUGUUUAAUAUAACACAUUUUCACAGUAAAUUCGAUUAUAUUGUCUUAACAUUUAGUACAUUUCAAAGUGUAUGUAUAAUUGAAUAGGAAUCAUUAUACAUUACUGUUUCAUCUAUCAUUUAUUUGAGAGAUUGAUUAAUCAAUAGCAUUAGCAGCAUGAACAUUCAUUUUGACAUUUUUGUUUUGUAAAUAGUCCAUCAUAUUAUUAUAUGUUUGCAUCGCAGUGAGAAACUGAAUGGGAAGAAAAUCUAUUUAGUUUUGGCCGAAUGUUUUUCGUUUUUAUCUGCUCCUGUUAUGUUUUGUUUGACAGGUGUACAGAGAUCUAUUGGCACACAUAUGUACUUUUUAGAAAUUGUAUGUUUUAGAGGGAAAUGUAAACGUGCAAAUGUUUAAAUUGAAUGUGAGAAUCAGUACUUGUGUUUUAUGAUGUUUUAUGUUUGUAUAUAUUGCUUUCACAAUGGUGUGUUUGAAUUAUUAACACUGAAAAUACUACCAGUAAUAUAUAUAGACCGUGCUCUGUGAAAAGUGGUUUUCAUGCAUGUGCGUUGUGUUGUCCCAGAUUAUCCUGUGCAGUCCGCCCAGAAUAAUCAUGGACAAUACAUUCUGCUUUCAAUGUAUUAUUUGUUUUAAAGAUAGUUCCUCUUAGCAAAACUCCAGUUAAGACGGAUAUGUCGUCCCUGAUUAGCCUGUGCAGACUGCACAGGCCUAUCUUUGACGACACUUUACGCACAUGCAUUAAAGCCCCUUUUCACAGAGCAUGGCCCAUAUAUUAGAUUUUUUUACUUUAACUACUUAACCUUAAAUUCAUUAUAGCAUACCUUUCGGAACUUGCAACUUCUUGUUACAGACUGUAUCGAAGUUGAUUUGGUAAUCCAUGAUAAUGUUAAUUAAUUAUGAUUCACAAAUGAUCUUUUUACAAAAUUUUAGCAAUGCUUAAGUUGCACAGAACAAACAGUUUGUAAAUAUUUGACUGUCUAAGGCAUAUUUAGCAAGUGUAAUGUUUCACUUUUAUUUCUAAACUGAUGCAUUACAAUGGCAGGGAUAUUGCAUAAAUUAAAAAGCUGUGCUUUUUAAUUUUAUGGAAUUAUUUCUAGAUAAAUGGAAUAAUUUUACAUGGAUUAGUAGGAUUAGUGGAUCUCAAUAUGUAAGGUUACAAGGUCAUUGUGUGUAAAAAAAAAUGAAGGAUAAAAUGUAUGAUAGUUAAUUCCAGUAGUUAGUUGUAAGUUGGUCAAAAUCAUGUGCAGAGUUGGAGAUAUUUGCAUUUAAUCAAUGUUUUGCCAGCUAUUGGAUGAUUCAAUUAUCAGAAAAUAUCAAGUUUGUCUUGUUAGGGCUAUGUUGAUGUAGCUUAAUGAAAGAUAUACUCUUUAUGUAAAUAAAUAUAGUAAACCUGUUACACAUCUGCAUUUACGACCGUUUAUCCAAGAGUCAUGCUGUGUAUACUGUAUUUUUUGGUUGUUUAUUCUGAAUUCUGCAAAUGAACAUGUAUUAAAUUUGUAUAAACUUGGGAACAUUAUAAGAUGAUCUGUUCAAGUUUUGUAAAUAUUUCGAAAUGAACAGUCAUCACUAAUUGUUGCAAGUUUUUAUUUGCUUGUUUUACUGUAAUGGAUAAGUUUACAUUGUAUAGUUGUCCACCCAACAAAAAUGAAAGAAAGCUUGUCUUCAAGUAGUUAAGAUAAUGGGAUGUUGCUUUUGAAAGGCAGACAAAGAGGCCCAUAACCUGUAGAUGUUGAUGAUUAAUUGAAAUAAAAUUAGUUUACCAAUUUGCCUUUAGUGCAUUAGCUCCAUGAUUGCUUUCAUAUUAAACUGUACUUGGAGUUUUUGCUCAAAAGGGACCUUGUGUUAACAUAACAUUUGUGCGUGUGUUUACUUUUUAACUUAUGUUUGCUUAUUUUAGAUAACUCAAUUAAUUCUGCUGCUUUAUGCCUAAUGUUGCACUGUAUAUUUAUGAUAUUCCAUUGCAAGCAGAGUUUGAAGGUUAAAGAACCCUGCUGUUGUUUUUUUUCUUGAAUGUAAAGGCUUGUUUGUAUCAUGAAAGUGUUUUUUUUGUUGACGGGGUCAGCUGUCUGACCUUUGGUCAGUUUGUGUGGGUGCACAUCAUGAGAUCAUCACAGGGUUGAAUACAACUCCUGCUUUUUGGAAUAAACAAUUUUAAAGAACAA